GUUUGAAAAUCGUUUUCGCAAACAUUCGAGCGCGCAAAGCGGCAAGUCGUGCGAGACACUCUUAAAGGAAAUCAAUAACGAGAACACCAACAAAAAAGAAAAGAAAAAAUAGUGCAGAAUUCAAUUUUGAAAAUAAUUAGAAUUACUGAUCAAAACCAGUGUGUGUGAAAUGAAAACGCUGUGAAAUGCAUGUUAGUGAUAAGUUCUCAAGAGUACAUCUGCCUCGGUUCUGUUCGGUUCGGUUCGGUUCUGACCAAUUCACAUUUUUACAUAAGUUGGAAUUUAUGAAUGCAAAGGCCACGCAACGGCCACGGCGACAAAAGCGUUAAAAAUAAACAUGAAUUGCAAUGAAAAUUACAAGUGUUGUGCUGAGGAGGCGCGCGGCAAAGGCACCAACUUGUAAUUAUAUUAUGCCGAACAGGCCCGAAUAAAUAUCAAAUUGAAACAAAAAUUAAAAAAACCAAAACAAAAAAAAAAAGGCAAAAGAAAAAAUGUAUACUGAGAAGAAUUGCCAACAAGAUGCGACAUAGAAAAUUGGCCAACAGCCGUAGGCAUGUCAAAGGCCGGAAUACGGAUUUAUGCGACUGACAACGACAGUGCGUGCCCAGAACAGUAGCCAACAAAAGUAUACGUCUCGUUCAGUCGAACUAAUCGCUUGCCAAGUGCCCAUCGCGUCCAAUUGCUUCAUGUUCACCCCCAGUCACAUGCACCAGGAUGAGUAUAUACGCGAAUAUGCCUUCGAGCCGGAGUUGUUAAUCAAUCGCGAGGAGUAUCUGCGGGAGGAGGAGCGCGCCCAUAAGCUGCCAUCGACGCCUGUUCGCUGGGAUGAGACGAUUGCCAAACAGCGGAAGGCCAGCGUUGAUAGUUGUAAUGAGAAUAAAAAUCAGAUUGAAAUCGAAAUUGAGGCUUUCUACUAUAUGUAUGGUCGUUAUACCAAAGAUUUAGGAGAAUUUGCAAAAGAUGAAGCCCGAAAACUCAAACUACUCGAAAAGCGACGAAAGCAAGAAGACAAACAAAGGAAUAAGGAACUGCUGGGAAAACGAGCGACACGUGUGAAGCGUAUCUCAUCAUGGGUGUGGAAGCAUACGUUGGCCCGCCUAGGCGAGGAUUGGGUAUUUCUAGCGUUAUUAGGCAUAAUUAUGGCAUUACUCUCAUUCAUCAUGGACAAAGGCAUUUCAAUAUGUACAAACGCACGCAUCUGGCUCUAUCGCGACCUUACCUCACAGCCCUUCAUACAGUAUAUUGCUUGGGUCUCAUUACCGGUCUGCUUAAUAUUAUUCUCAGCCGGCUUUGUGCAUCUCAUCGCACCUCAAAGUAUAGGAUCCGGUAUACCUGAAAUGAAGACCAUACUGCGUGGCGUUGCACUGAAAGAGUAUCUCACAUUUAAGACAUUAGUGGCCAAGGUUAUUGGUUUAACGGCAACUUUGGGCAGCGGUAUGCCAUUAGGAAAGGAAGGUCCUUUCGUACAUAUAGCAAGUAUUGUAGCACAAUUAUUAAGUAAACUUGUCACAUCAUUCCAAGGCAUCUAUGAGAAUGAAUCGCGUAACUCUGAAAUGUUGGCGGCUGCCUGUGCCGUUGGUGUGGGCUCCUGCUUUGCAGCGCCCGUUGGCGGUGUACUCUUUAGCAUUGAGGUAACGACCACAUACUUCGCGGUCCGGAACUAUUGGCGUGGUUUCUUUGCGGCCGUUUGUGGGGCAACGGUAUUUCGACUGCUGGCCGUCUGGUUCCAAAACGCCGAUACAGUUCGUGCUCUCUUUCUUACGAAUUUCACCACAGAAUUUCCAUUCGAUCCCCAGGAGCUGUUUGUGUUUGCUCUGAUUGGCUUCAUCUGUGGCUUGGGUGGUGCCUCCUAUGUCUGGGUGCAUCGGCGUUAUGUGCUUUUUAUGCGCUCCAACAAACGCAUGAAUAAGUUCCUUCAAAAGAAUCGCUUUUUAUAUCCCGGCUUUCUGGCGCUGCUAGUCUCUAGCAUUUCAUUCCCACUGGGCACGGGACAGUUUUUGGCCGGCGAGCUGAGCAAUCACGAGCAGGUUACCCAACUCUUUAGCAACUUCACUUGGUCCCGCGACGAUCUGACUGUGGAACAGGCGGCUAUAGUUACAAACUGGAUGACUAGUUAUACCAGCGUGUUUGGUAAUCUCAUUUGUUAUACGCUCUUUACGUUCUUUGUGUCCAUCAUUGCCUCGACUAUACCAGUGCCAUCGGGCAUGUUCAUACCUGUCUUCAAGAUAGGUGCGGGCUUUGGUCGCUUGGUCGGUGAAUUUAUGGCCUGGUGGUUUCCCCAUGGCGUUCGCUAUGGCGGCCGCCUCUCACCAAUUAUGCCUGGCGGCUAUGCCGUGGUUGGUGCCGCAGCCUUCUCUGGCUCCGUGACACACACCGUAUCCGUAGCCGUGAUUGUCUUCGAGAUGACCGGACAGAUCACACACGUGGUGCCCGUCAUGAUUGCCGUACUGGUGGCCAAUGCGGUAGCUGCUUUGCUGCAGCCCUCAAUCUACGACAGUAUUAUAUUGAUUAAGAAGCUGCCGUACCUGCCCGAUCUUUUGCCAUCGAGUUCCGGCAUGUACAGCAUAUUUGUCGAGGACUUUAUGGUGCGGGAUGUCAAAUACAUUUGGUAUGGCAUCUCGUACCAGAAACUGAAAGAGGUGUUGAAGGCCAAUAAGGCGUUGCGCUCCUUGCCGCUGGUCGACAGUCCGGACAACAUGAUCCUUUUGGGUUCCGUGCAACGCUACGAGCUCAUCAAAAUGAUUGAGAAGCACAUUGGACGCGAAAAGCGCAUGGAGGUGGCGCAAAAGUGGCAAAAAGAGGCCGAGGAACGUGCCCGCGAGGAGGAGAAGAAGAAACAAGAAGCCGAGCUGAAAAUGCGUCGACCUUCACGCUUCGAAGUGCUCCCGGCCCCAGAUAUUCUCAGUCUGCGGCAAAUAGCCAAUGAUGAGAUGUUGCCACCAAAGAAACGUGUCGAGGCAUUGAACAACAACCUGGCGCCGCGCAAGUCCAUACUCAAGAAGACCAAUUCGUUCAACCUGAAGACCUAUGCGCCCACCGUCCAGCACAGUCCGAACAUAACGCCCUACACCACCAUAACCGGCAACUCCGAGUUCCGCAUACGCUCGGCCUUCGAGGCCAUUUUCAAAAAGUCCACCACACUGCAGGAUGUGCAGCCAGAUCCGGAGACAGGAUCGAUUUCGCCAGCCCCCAGCAACACGGAGGUGCAAGUGCAGAGAGCUCCCAGCACCCCCGGUGUUUCGAAGAAAGUACAGCUGCAAGCACAACAUAAGUGGGAUUUUGUAACCGAUCAGAUCAUGUUGGUAAGUCAAGUAAGUUGCAUGUUUCAUGGCCAUAACAACAUUAGACAUCAUCUGAAAAUAAAUUCAUCAUGGUUCUUGAAUAUACUAACUCCUGUUCAUAUCUGCAAGCAAGCAAACUCUAAGUCCACGGAUGCCGCAAACAUAAACCAAGUGCCGCCUGAUAAGGACGACAAAGAUGAAAGGUGCGUCGUAGCAGAAGAUAAAAAAGACACUUUAAAGUCAAACCACGUGCCGUUUAGUGAUGUCAAUAUAGAUAAGCCCAGCAUUAGAUACAAAACAAAUAAGGUUUCAGAUAUAAGUAGAACCGCGAGCAAAAUUAAUUUAAGCGAGCUCAACAAUCAAGAUCUUAAGCCAGCCAUAAAUGAUAACCAUAUAGAACCCACGAAGAAAAAGGUUAGAAAAAUCAAGUUUAGUAACGAGGUGAAGGUCAAAGAUUCUCCAAAUCAUGGCUAUACUACCGAUAAGAUAAGCGAUAGCGAGCUCGAGACAAAUGAUUGUGGUUACACGAUAGAAGAUGUCGAUGAGAAAUCUAGCAUUGACGGGAACUAUGGAAGUGGAACAAGUGAGAAUGAAGAACUGGCCCGUGUGACAACGGGUCCUAAAAAAAUGAAAUCGGUGCAGUUGCCCCGCGAACGUGUCAUAGAUAUGUCGCCAGAGGAUCAAAAGCAAUGGGAACUCGAGGAAAUGCUUAAGCCUAUUGAUUUGGAAAGGGCUCAAGUACAUAUCGAUCCAUCACCUUUCCAGUUAGUGGAACGCACUUCCAUACUUAAAGUACACUCACUCUUUUCCAUGGUGGGCAUCAAUCAUGCGUAUGUGACAAAAAUCGGACGUCUGGUUGGAGUUGUGGGUCUUAAAGAGCUUCGCAAGGCCAUUGAGGAUAUAAACAGCAAUAGCUUUGUGGUGCCACCACGCGAUGAGGAGAUUCACAACAAGCCGUCGGUAGAAAAGCCUCUGCUAAUGCCCAAUGCCAGCGAUAAAGCCGUUGAUAUGACAGUCACUUCAAUGGACUCGGCUCUCUCGAAUUCAGACAACUGCUCCGAUAUCGAACUGGAGCAUAUGAAGACAGAGAAGACGGCGAUAGUAACGCUGCCGCCUCAAGAACCCUGUGGUAAUACAAAUUCAGCGACAGACACAAGCUCAGAUAUGGGAAAACAUGUUUAAGCCUCUCCAAUAACACGCUGCGUUGAGUCAACCAGAGACAAGAACAAUAAAUAUUAUGCAUACGCAGCUUUAGGUUUGUUAAGUACUAUACACCUAAAUAAAAUACAUUUUACUUUAUGUCAUAAUUUUAAUUAAUUUAGACACAGCAAUUUGUUAUGUAUUUAUAUCUCGUUAGUGUAUAAAGUCAAAAAUAUCGUGAUGUACAUUUAAGUUCAAAUUGUAAACGAAAUAAAUUCGCAACUACAAAUGAGUUGAGAGUAUAAGUA